AUGGCUGCUACCCAUCCAUCGCUGAAAACAAGUCGUGCCAGCUUCUUCCAAGCAGCUGCGCUAAACUUUGUCCUUCUUCAGCUUCUCUUCUUUGGCCUUCUUUGCUAUCUUUUCGGCUCCUUGUUUCAGCAAACGUCGCGCUCACACUCUCUGAACGUGCUGUGGGUGGAUUAUGAUGGCGGAGUGAUUGGCGAUGCUGUACGUGAUGCCUACAGGACUCUACAGUCGGAUGGCUUUCCCACUCUUAUCGAGCACUCGAGAGACGAAUUCCCAUCUGAGAAAGAAUUGAGACAGGCUGUGUGUGAUACUUCAUACUGGGCAGUGCUGUAUACCGCUCCUGGUUCCUCCAAGGGGCUGGGAGAUGCACUCUCAGGAGCCGCAUCGCAGCACAAUGAAUCCAAUGUACUAUUUUACAUCUGGAAUGAGGCCAGAUACCCGACUGUUCUUGACGGCGCCAUUUCCAGCAACCUUCAGAUGCUCUCCAAUGCUGCUCGUGUCGCCUACACAGCUCGCAAUAGCACUUUUGCACUGGCUACGAUCCAGCCAAAUGAUACAACUGCCUUAUUCACCUACGCGAACCCUUGGACUCUAUCAUCCAUAAACAUUCAGCUGACGACUCAAGGAUCUCGGGCCGUGUACAAUACGAUAUGCAUAGUGCUAAUCCUGAUCCAAGAUUUUUUCUAUCUUGCCAGUAUUAACGGACUCUACGCGCAGUUCAAAAUCUACAACAAAAUAUCGCCUACGCGAAUUAUUCUGACCCGGGAUAUCAUCUCUGGUACAUUCACCAUGGUUGGCUCGUUGCUUGUAUCCGCCGCCAUCUGGGCGUUCAAGGACGGUUGGAUCCUUUCAGGAAAACAAUUCGCCAUCAACUGGCUAAUAAUAUGGCUUUUCGCUCACGUCAAUUUCCUCGCCAUCGACGUCUUCACUAUCUGGCUUCCACCCCAGUACAUCCCCAUGGCGCUCAUUAGCUGGAUUAUAACCAAUGUCACGUCCAUUUUGUUACCGUUCAGUCUCUCGCCCUCAUUCUACCGUUGGGCAUAUGCUUUGCCAGCGCAUGAGGCAUACGAAGCACUCACGAAUAACUGGUCCAGCGGUUGCAACCCACACCUUCAUUAUGCCCUGCCAAUUCUAUUCGCCUACGAGGUAAUUGGUCUCGUCGCCACCGCUAUCGGUGUCUACAGGCGCUGUCACUUUGCCGUCGUAGCUGAAGAAGCUGCCCAGGAGGCGAUGCGUCUACGUAUUGAGGUGGCAUUGAAGCUCGAGCGCGAACCGAAUGAUCAUUUAGGACCCAGCGACGACGGAAGCAAAGCCAAUGGUUUGCAACAGGAUUCCAACGGUGAACCAUCUGUCUUGAAUACGAGCACUACCGACCUUCAGAAGAACAUGCCAAAGGAAAUGAGAAAUACAGCAGAGGAUAAGAAUAGGGCAGAUAUGGAGACAGAAAUUGAUGAGCUUCGAAGUUGGUAG